AUGGCAGAUUUACAAAACUUUUUUGGCUGGCGAAUUCUUAUCUUCCCCAAGGGGAAUGAUGUGGAUCAUUUGUCAAUUUAUUUAGAUGUUGCAAAUUCAGCUAUUUUGCCUUACGGAUGGAGUAAAUAUGCCCAAGUCGGAUUCGGGGUCAUCAAUCAAUUUAAUCGUGGAACUUCCAUUAUAAGAGUCAAAACUGAUUCGGAUAAACUUGAGGCCAGGGAAGUUGAUUGUGUAAAGGCAUUCAUAGACAACCAGAAAACUCCUACAACCAAACCAGUAGAAAUCACACCUCCUUCACGAACUCAGUUUUCUAGCCAGAUUGUAGCCACUGAACCCGAAGAGCCUGCUGAGGAAGAUAUGAACACAUUCUACACUAGUUUAGAGUCCGAGAUUUCAUGCUCUAGAGUUGUUUAUUCUAAUGAAGAAGCAAAGGAAGCACUGGAUAAAAUAAACGAAGCCUUGAACAUAACCCCAGUUAAUCUUAACGAUUCAGGGAAGUUUUCUCCACUUAAGCAGGCAUUCAUGAUCCUAGCUAGGUUUGAUUGUUCCUCCACCACCCUUACAAUUGAGCAAAAGAGUGAGUUGUUGGGCUUGGAGGAAAGAUUGAAAGAACUAGCUAAUCGAGCAGCGAAAGCAGUGUAG